AUGUUGCAUAAAAAUAUAGAACAAUGGUCAACACCACCCUUUAUAGAUCCAGAUAUUUUAUCCCACGCAAUUAAUGAAUAUGUUAAAAAAGGUCAACAACGAUUGAAAGAAAAUUUCGAUUAUAAAAAACAAAUGAUAUCAUUAGAUUGGAAUGAUCAUCAAUUAAUCACGAAAUUUUAUGAAUUAAAACCUAAUGAAGAACAAAUUGAAUUAGCUAAACAAAUUUGGCAAGCAACAGCUAAUAAAUUACAAACAACAGAACAAAUAGAAAUUUUACGACAACGAAUUAUAUUAAAACGAUUACCAACGAAAACUGAUAAAAUGAUGAAUGAAUUCCUUUAUGAUAAUCAAAAAACACUUUCCAGUCCGUUUCUUGAACAAAAAGAACGUGUUAGUUUUGCAUAUCGUUAUUCAAAAACAACAAGUAACGCUCAUCUUCGAUUCACUAACCCUUGA